UCUUUGGUGCUGCGAGUCAACACGGGGAACACGACUGCGCAUCUGCAAGCAAGAGUCAAGUGAGUAGCAGGACAAAGUUAUGGCUGUAGGGUCCCAUGCGUGAGAGUUGACUCUGGGAGGAAAUCAGAUUGCUUCUAAAAGGAGGAUUGAGGGGGAGGAGGAUCGGGGGAGAUGGCGGCUUUGCUCUUAUCCUCGUUGCUACCGCUGCUGCUGCUGCUGCUGCUACACACUGCUUCAGCCCUUCCCCUUUGCCUCAACCAAGAGGCUCCAUUGCGGGAUGUCGGUCAGCUCAGAUUUUGCUCCCAGUACUCGGGGACUGGGUGCUGCUCGGCAUCGGACGAUUCGGCCAUUGGAUCCCAGUUUGCGGGUAUGAAUAUCUCCGAUGCAACUUGCGCGAACUACAUCAAGCAAGUGCUUUGCUCGAAAUGCGACUCCUUCGCUGCUGACUUGUUUGGUGGAAGGAGACUCCGAUCCGUCCCCCUGCUGUGCAACUCUAGCACCGGGCCCUCCAGCGGAGGCGGAUACUGCUUCGAUGUUUGGGAUGCUUGCAAGAACCUCACCAUCCCGGGCUCGCCAUUUUCUCCUAGCCUUGUGGGAACGCUGCCACCGGGUUCGAGCCUGUCGGAGAACUCGUCUGCAAACGAGACACUUAUCGAGCAGUGGCAGUCGAAUACCAGCUUUUGUGAGGCUUUGGGAUUGCCUCAAAAGGUGGGGCAGUUUUGCUUCGAUGGGAGCACGUACAACUUUACCGUAGAGCAAAACGACGUGCCUCCCGCAGGUGUAUGCUUUGACAAGGUUGGGGAGGACAACUCCAUUGGUCUUGUUCCUCAUCCGGAUGGAUCCAACAGGGCCUUUGUUGCGAUGCAAACGGGACAGAUAUAUCUUGUUCUUCUUCCGGACGAAGGCUCCAACACUAGCAUCAAAGUCGACAAGGCGGCUCCGUUUCUCGACAUCAGCAACUUCAUCAUAUCUGACAGAGAGUUCGGCCUCAUGUCCGUGGCCUUCCAUCCCGAGUUUGUGAAAAACGGCCGCUUCUUUGUGUCUUACAACUGCGACAAGCAGAAGUGGGCCGGUUGUGGUGGCGCGCGCUGUACAUGCAACGCUGAUGUUGGUUGUGACCCUUCCCAAGUUCGCUCUUCCGACGGGACGCUUCCUUGCCAGUACUCGAGUGUCAUCUCUGAAUUCUCAGCCGGCAAUGCAACCAUAUCACCUUCGCAGGCUCUGAAAGCGAACCCGAACGAAGUUAGGAGGAUACUGUCCAUGGGCCUUCCUUACACAACUCACCACGGCGGUUUACUGCUCUUUGGACCUCAGGACAAGUACCUGUAUUUCAUGAUGGGAGACGGAGGUGGCAUAGGCGAUCCUUUCAACUUUGCUCAGAACAAAAAGUCUCUACUUGGGAAGAUCCUUCGCCUCGACAUUGACAAAACGCCAACCGAUCAGGAGGUGUCUACCUUGGGACUGUGGGGAAAAUACUCCAUUCCGGAAACUAAUCCAUUCCUUCGGCAGAACGAUUCACGUCCUGAGAUAUGGGCUUUGGGCCUUCGGAAUCCCUGGCGGUGCAGUUUUGACAGCGCAAAACCCGAGUACUUCUACUGCACGGACGUUGGACAGAGCAUCUACGAAGAAGUGAACCUGGUUACCAAAGGAGGGAAUUACGGAUGGAGGACGUUUGAUGGAGUAGCGAACUACAGUGCCCCGUGGUCACCAGGUGGAAACACGAGCCUUAAUCCAUUGCAAGCUAUAUUUCCCGUUGCAACUUACCUCCACGACAGCGUUAACAAGGAGCAAGGCUCAGCCUCCAUCAUCGGUGGCUCCGUUUCGAGAUCGUUGCAGGAUCCGUGUCUCUACGGCAGGUACCUCUAUGCUGAUUUAUACGGAGGAAACAUCUGGGGAAUCACUGAAACUCCCGAGGGCAGUGGAAACUACACGAGUGCAUCACUGAACUUCAGCUGCUCCGGCUCGACUCUGGCAUGUAAGUAUGUGAGCGGCAGUCCACUUCCCGAUAUCGGGUUUGUGUUUGCGUGGGGCGAGGAUAACAGCAGAAACCUGUACAUGCUCACUUCGGCUGGCAUCUUCAAAGUUGUCAACCCCACCAAGUGCAACUUUACUUGCACCAAGAAGCUUCCCUCGUCAGUAACAGCCCCAGCCUUAACUCCCAUACCCACACCUCCUACCGUUCAAGUCGCAGCACCACCACCAUCUCCAGCAUACGCACUAGCCAGGCCAUCUAGUCUCUUAGUUGCCGCUCUUUGUUUCUGGAUGCUUUUCUACAGAUGAAGCGAGUGCCUAGUUUUGUAAGUGUGUCUAUGUAAUAUAUGGAACUUCUUUGCAUGCAA